CCGAAAAUCAUGUCUCUUAUUUAUUUUUAUUGCAAAUGGGCAUUUAUGUCUUGUUUCAUUAGAAAUGCCAGUGACCAAAAGGGUAUAUGGCACAGCCUCUCACAUGCUCGUGUCAUGACCCGUCUCUUGUUUUUUGCUAACUCAAUGUGAAUUUUAGGAACCAAAACAGACAAUGCAGCAGCUUCCAGCUACCCACAUGAAUUAAAAGUUGUUUGUUCGUUUUUGGCCGAGGAAAUAAAUUUUCAUUCAAACAGUGGAACCUGGCAGAGAUGAAAGGCACACAAGCUGCACUGUUACGGAAAAGUAUCCUAUGUUUUCACCCCACGCCAGCUUUGAUACUUUCUUUCUUCAUCAGUUUUCACUUCUCCUUGACCGUCAGAUCAUACAUGUUUUAUCCCCCUGAGAUCACAACCGCACAUUUUUUCACUACACACCCUCCAGGGUACUUUGCUUUCAGUUUCAUUCACCUCUAGUACCACUAGUUUUCUCUGUCUCUCCUCUUGUCUCCAUCGCCAUGGCGGACUAUGAACCGUUGCAACAGCAGCAUCACAGCCACCACCAAGCAAUCCCGAAAGAAACAGCUCUCCAGGCUCUAAACACCAUUAUCCAGCUCCAUUUCGAGAAAACCCUGGAGAAGAAGAGAGCCAUAGAUCUCCAGAAAAAGGAGCUCCACAAGCUCUUCCAGCUCUUCUUCAUUUUCCUUGGCCUAGUCUUCAUGGCACAAGCCCAGUCCAACCGCCUCCAAUGCCGCCACUGCUGGGCCCCCAUCACCCUCCUCUCCCUGGCUCACCUCAUCUUCUACGUCUCAGUGGCCCAGACCCUGAGAUGCAUUAACGGGUUCAAGUACCAGAGGAGGUGCCACAAGCUCACCCUAGGGCUGGCCACCGAGAAGCUGAGGGAGAUGAAGAUGAGGAUCAGCAACGGCGAGUUUGUGGAUGGGUUUGGGGAGGAGAGUGAGUUGGAGAUUCAUUACCAGGAGCCUCCGGAGAGUUACUUUGCUAAGUUCAAGAGAAACUGGGCUCUGCAUUUUGGGUUCUUGAUCUUGAUCUAUGCAUUCAUGGUUUCUUCUUCAGUUGUGCUGCUCUGUUUUUAGCUUUUAGAUUCUCAAUCAAUGUCCGAUUACACUGCUUCUCAUUUCAAUAUACAAUUCUAUUCCUU